UAUUAAACGCGGUCAGACAUGGCACGCGAGGUAGUACGCACAACCCUUUGGCCAUUGCCCGAUAAUGGAAACCCAGCUGCUACUUUUUUCCUCCCCAGCCUUACAUGCCUUCAAUUCGUCUCUUCUGCCUCCAUUUUUAUAAGCUUACUUUGAACCUUUUCCUACCCUUAUCAAUCUCAUCUCUUUUGCUUCUGUUGCUUCGGAGAAGGAGAGAAAGAACGAGAGAGAUCCAUGGGGAGGGGGAAGAUAGAGAUAAAGAAGAUAGAGAACCCUACGAACCGGCAGGUUACUUACUCGAAGAGGAGAGCUGGGAUCAUGAAGAAGGCGAGCGAAUUGACAGUUCUCUGUGACGCUCAGCUCUCACUUGUAAUGUUCUCGAGCACGGGCAAGUUCUCUGAGUAUUGCAGCCCGUCCACUGACUCGAAGAGUAUAUAUGAUCGUUACCAGCAGGUGUCCGGCAUCAAUCUGUGGAGCGCGCAGUACGAGAAGAUGCAGAAUACGUUGAAUCAUUUGAAGGAGAUAAACCACAACCUAAGGAGGGAAAUAAGGCAGAGGAUGGGCGAGGAUCUAGAUGGGUUGGAAAUCAAGGAACUGCGUGGUCUUGAGCAAAAUAUGGAUGAAGCCCUGAAGCUUGUAAGGAAUCGAAAGUAUCAUGUAAUCAGCACCCAGACAGAUACCUACAAAAAGAAGUUGAAGAACUCUCAAGAAACCCACAGGAACUUACUACGAGAGAUGGAAACGGAGCACGCAGUCUAUUAUGUGGAUGAUGAUCCGAGCAACUAUGAUGGCGCGCUUGCACUAGGAAAUGGAGCUUCCUACUUGUACUCAUUCCGUACCCAACCAAGCCAGCCAAACCUUCAAGGAAUGGGAUAUGGCCCUCAUGAUCUACGUCUCGCUUGAUCAUUUGUUAUCUAAGUAACAACUGCUUAAUUAUAUUUAUAGCAAGUGGCAUCUUUGACAUGUACUGAUGUUUCUAUGCUCACUAGUAGGCUCUGUUUACUGCAAUAUAUAUACUGGCUGACCACGUACUAUAUAUAUACUAUGCAAUUUAUAUGUUUUAAAUGGAGAAAUGCAUGUCUACAAGUAUCUUAUGUAAGUGCUACUUGAUUUUAUCGGAAUGAUC